AUGGAGGACUCCUCAAAGAAGACGAGCAGCCAGCAGGUCCUAAGUGUGUCUGAUGGAAACACGUCCGGAAGACGCUCCACUCUCAAGAUGUUGAUGGGGGCGUUGUCCUUGGUCUACUUCUGCAACACCCUGACAGGAACCUGCAUGAAGAGCUCCUUCACGCAGCUGGAGCGCCGCUUCCACCUCUCCAGCUCGCACGUGGGACUCAUCGACGGCAGUUUUGAGAUGGGCAACUUGUUGUUUCUCGCCGCGGUCAGCCAUUUUGGCGCCAAGAUGCAUCGGCCCAGGCUGAUCGGCGGCGGCUCGCUUCUCAUGGCGGCGGGCGCGCUUUGCACCGGACUGUCACACUUCAUGAUGGGACCUUACACGUAUGACUCGGUCAUCCCGGCUUCCCAGAAUGCGAGUAUGAGCUCUGUUGCGUGUGCCGGUCCAGAGAAAGACGUGUCUGACUGGAAUGUGAGGGCAGGAAACUCAACAGCAGCCUGCCAAAAAGAACCUGCUUCCAAUAUGUGGAUCUACGUGUUCCUGGGGAAUACCCUGCGGGGGAUCGGAGAAACUCCCGUCACGCCACUCGGCAUGUCGUACGUCGACGACUUUGCUAAAGCUGAAAACUCUGCCUUCUACAUCGCUUGUCUCCAGACCAUUGCUCUCCUGGGGCCCGUGUUUGGCUACCUCUUAGGGUCCUAUUUCGCCAAUAUAUAUGUUGACAUUGGCUAUGUCGAUAUGGAAAGGGUGACUAUCUCUCCCAACGAUGCCCGCUGGGUAGGAGCAUGGUGGAUGGGUAUGCUCGUAUCUGCAGGACUGCUCUUUAUUUCUAGCCUUCCCUUCUGGUUCUUCCCCCGCUCCCUGGCCUCACCAGAGGUAGAAGAGCCCAAGUCUACCAUGGAAGAGACUCCAGAUGUCAGAGCAGAUUCCCCCAACAACAACAAUCCAGCUACAAAGCUAACUGAAAUCGCCAAAGGGUUUCUUCCUUCGCUGAAGCACUUGCUCUGCACUCCCGUCUACUUCCUGCUCAUCUGCGGUAACACUCUGAAGUUCAACUCCCUUAUUGGCAUGCACACCUUCAAUGCCAAGUAUAUCGAGCAACAGUUUGGACAGUCUGCAUCCAGAGCUAACUUCCUCAUAGGGGUGCUGACGCUGCCUGCCGUUGCCACGGGGAUCUUUCUAGGAGGGGUGGUGAUGAAGAGGUAUAAGAUGAGUGUGCUGUCAGCGGCUCAGUUCUCUCUGGUGGUGUCCUUCUUGGCGUACCUGCUCAUGCUGCUGAAGUUUGGCGCCAGGUGUGCCAACACACCCGUGGCUGGACUCACCACCUCAUACAACGGGACGCCAGGGGUGUUAUAUGGCAGCCAUGCACUCUUUUCAGAGUGCAACAGUAACUGCUCAUGCUCGCCACACCACUGGGACCCGGUGUGCUCGGACAGCGGCAUCACUUACGUCUCUCCAUGCUUGGCCGGCUGCCUCCGCUACAGCGGCUAUGGGAAGCAUACGGUGUUUCACAAUUGCACCUGCGUGUCCGCCUCCCACCCGGCGGGCAGCAGCACGACGGUGAAGUUGGGGCAGUGCCAUCGAGCCGAAAGCUGCAGUGGCAGUUUCAGCUCCUACAUGGCGGUGUCCGUUCUCAGCGCCUUCAUCAGCUCUCUGGGCAUCACACCUGGGUUCAUGGUGGUCAUGAGAUGCAUUUCCCCAGAGUUCAAAUCCCUCGCCUUGGGCUUGCAAACUAUGAUCUUCCGAGGUCUUGGCGGCAUUCCAGCCCCAAUUUAUUUUGGAGCAUUUAUUGAUUCAACUUGCCUGAAGUGGUCAGUGAAGAAAUGUGGAGGCCGAGGAGCAUGUCGCCUUUAUGAUGCCAACAUGUACAGCGUGGUCUUCCUGGGUCUGGUGAGCGCCAUCAGUGGUGUUUCCUUCUUCUUCACGAUGGCCGUCGUAAUCGUCCUGAGAAAAGAGUUGCGGAGGGAAGAAGGAGCGCUGAGGGGGAUUGAGCUUCACCCCCAGGCCAGCGUGAUGGAGAACCCUCUCAGUGCCAAGAAGGUGCUCGGGGAACUGGACCACGGCCUCACUUCUGUACCAAACAUAGUAAGAGUGGACGGAGAACAUAACGCCUGCCAAGAAGAAAGUUCAGCAAACAAAACAACAUUUGUGAAAAUAAGUCAUUUAAGAUCGAAUCAUUCCGACUAAGCAACUUAUUUGUGCUUGUCUAAUAAACCUUGUGUGCCUUUUUCUUGUGUUCAAUUCAAAUGUAAACAAGCAUCUCUCCU